CCCAACGCGUCGCAGCACACGGGGAUAAAGAGUCGACAAGAGCGCAGGUGCGACCGGGGCACGCACGUUAUCCGGUCAGCGAGUGGCGAGGCAAGGUCCACACAUCAAAACGCAAGGAUGAUUCCAACGGUCGUCAUUGCCUGCCUGAUCCUGGCGUUUGCCGGGCAUUCGGCAUCCCAAGACUUGGACUGCAGCGGGACUGUGGAAUGCUACACAAAGCUGAGAAAGCAGACUGUGAGGAAUGUAGACGCCCUGCCAGGUCCGGAACCAACAGAAAGGAAUCUUGCCGCCUACAAGUAUUUCUGCGAAGUCCAGACCCGCUGGCCGUCACCGUGCAACAGAUCUGAAGUAAGGAAGGAUUGCUUCAAGCGUGCUGAUAUCGAAGCGCGUGAAAAAGUCUACAGGGAACUCUGGAACUUCGUUUGCUCUGGAAAUGAAACUACCUGGACGCGUUUCAUGGGCAUCCUGUUCUCUACAACCAAUGACCCGUGCCAGGGCGCCUUGAGUGCGACAAAACAAGUACUUAACGGUGACUUGGGCAAAUGCGGAACGCUGAAGCAACUGUUCGGCGAGUGCCUAUCUCAGAAGAGCUUGAAGACCGACAUUCUAGAACCGGCUAUGGAGCUUCUCGACUGCACACAAAAGGAACCUGUCAGUACCACAACCCAGCGAGCACCGGAUGCCCCCGCUGAUCCGCAGUGCGAUAGAGAGAGCGCCGCUGACUGCCUCAGGAUGUCUGUCAAAGCCCUGGAAACCUCGAUGGGCUUCGAAAACAGCGACGCUCAGGCUGGACAGAGUGGCUGCACUCCGGCACCAUGCCUCCAGAAGUACUCGCUUGAUGGCUGCUCCCACCAAGAAAUGAUGCAGUUAACUUCCCUCGAAAACGCUAUAGACGCCGUGCGAUCGGCCGCCUGUGGGGACGACCGAGCGCUGUUGAAGAGCAUCCGCCUCGCGGCCUCCUGUUGGAAUGUGGAAGAGUUUAAACGCUGUGUGGGCGAUUCUCACAUUGACCUCAGCACGGGCCAGCUCUCGAAGGAGCAGUGCGGUUCCUACACAUCGUCAGUCCACAAGUGCAUGGAGAAAAGCCAGAAGCCAUGUAAACACGACGUCAAGAGUGCGAGCAAGCUGUCGUCGGCCUUCUUCAGCGCUUACUACUGCUACCCAGAGCACGACGAAAUCCCUGCGGAGAAGCCUACGGAGAAGCCGAAAGCGGGGAACAGCGGACCCAGCCUGGCCUCUUCCAUCUCGCUGACCCUCUCCUUCGCUCUAGUAACUGCGCUAGCAAUACGACGCUAGAUUAUAAACACAAAAAAAAUCGGCAGAUCGGUGCCCGAUUUCGAUGGAGGCCUAUAGAGGAAGGUACAUCAGCGCACUCCGAUAUCGGUGCACCUUUAAAACAGCAGCGGGUGUAUACGAAAUCGCGUCAUUUAGUCAAGAUGCCUCUCAGCUUAUGCGUGCAGCCCCUAUGACAUAAAAAAUUAUGCUGUAAAAAUACGAGUAGUUCUAUACAAAAACAGACGAUGUGUUAUUGCCUCUUUGUGAGCUACACGAAUUUCGGCUGUGGCGGGUUUUGAUUUUUGGUUGAAUUUUUCGAGCCCUUCAAAUUUAUUUACUCAUUAUUCUUUGUUAUUUUCCGUCUGUCACACCAAAGUCCUUCCUUUAGUGGAAAAUAAAGAACUACCCUAUAAUGUUGCGAAUCAGGAAAUACCCUUUAGAUUGUCAGCUUUCGCCGUUACCAGCCGAUAACGUGUGGGCUGGGUCUUGGAGUUGUUUUCUGCCGAAAUAUUUCAACAAAUGCAGAACGCGGGGAACAUAAAAAUAUAACAAAGCCUAA